AAUGGCAAGAUUUCAUUCUUUAUGCGUGUGUGUAUGUGUAUCUUGGCUAUUGUAAGUAAUGCUGCAAUAUAUCUUCUUGAAUUAGUGGGUUUUUUUCUCGAGUAAAUACCUAGAAAAGUGAUCACUCUAUUUUAAAAUUGUCACCCUCCAAACAUUCCUAAUCUCCCUAAUGCCAUAUUAUUUGUUUCUAUAGCCUUUAUAAAAUUUUAACACACUGUAUGAUUUGUAUAUCUAUUAAAUUUAUUUGCCAUCUUUCCCUUAUAUUUCUUGGAAUAUAAGAUCUACAUAGCAGAGAAGUUUUGACGAUUUUAGUCACUCAUAUUCCCCAGUGUCUUGAACAAUGCCUAGAAUAUAGUAAGUACUCAACAGUAUUUGUUGAAUGCAUUUAUUAAAAUUAAAAAGAUGCAAGUGUCCAUUUUUAAAGUCAAGAAUCAACCCUUUUUUUCUUCACACAGGUAACUUUAAUCAACCAAUUUGUAUACCUGCUAAGGACUUCUGUCUUCUGAACGUUAAUAGGUACACAUUUAUCCAGUUAAAUGAAAUCAUAACACUUGACUGAAUCUUAGACUAUGUUGGAUACAGUCUAAAUGUCUUGCAACAAAUGCCCUAAGCUUUUGCUGCUUGAGGUCACACUGAACUGUAGUUUUAGGGACAUUUCUGGAUGAAAAAUAUCACUGGUGUCAAUGCAAAUGAACCAUUUCCUCAUGUAAACGUCCUUCUGGUAAGACUUUUAAGGUUUGUGCCUGACCUAGGAAAACUCAGGUUAACCUGAUUAUUUACUCAUAUUUUGGGAUGAUUUUACCUUAUUCUGCCCCAACUGUUAUUGGUCCUAUUCCUGAAAUUUUCUUAGGAAAGACAUUUUACAAACUUCUGUUAUUGCGUUCAAUGUAUAUGGUUUAUACUUAAAGAAAAUAAAGCAAAACAGUUUUUAAUUAUAAAAACUUGGCGAGGAAGUAGUUUUUAAUUAUAAUCUUUAUAAAAUAAUAUAUAUUAAUAAUCUAUUACAUUUAUAUGGCAUUUAUAGUUUCAAAGAUUUUUAAUAAAUAUGAUCUUGUUUAGUUAUCUGAAUGAUCCUAGACAUGGAGGGUGUGGCUUAUUAUAUGUAUUUAGGGACUGAGGCAGAAAACUGUUAAGAGACGGAAUCUAGAUCACAAAUCUAGGAGUUGAUAGAGGCCGUGAGAAAUCCAAGUCUUUGGAGUUCUACUAGUCCAAUAUUAUUUUUCUUUUACUUAAACCUUCUCUCCAUGUCAAAUAAUCAUUGUUCUGUUGGCCUUUCUUAAUAGGUUCCAUGAAAAUAAAAGCAAAUGAUUAGAAUUAAAUUUUUUUUCACUUUAUUUUACCUAAUGUACUAUUCCACUUUUCAAGGACUUUUCUUUAGGUUUCCCUAGUUCUUUUUUCAUAGUCAUUAUCUUUAAUUUUUGUUAUUUGAGCAUAGUUGACAAACAAUAUUGUAUUAAUUUCAGGUAUACAGCAGUGACUCAACAACUCUAUACAUUAUGCUAUGCUCCACACAAAUGUAGCUACCAUCUGUCGCCCUACAACACCAUUACAAAAUCAUUGACUGUAUUCCUUAUGCUGUACCUUUUAUUCCCAUGACUUAUUCAUUCUGUAAGUGGGGGCCUGUAUCUCCCACUCACCUUCACCCAUUUUGCCCAUCCCCUUGUCCCCCAUAGUCAUUAUCUUUUUCUUUAUUCUGACUACAAACAUGAACUUUGGUAGCAGUUUGCGAAACCAGUGGCUGCCAGGUCCAUCUAGUAGCUAGUUGUUCAUUUCACACCUCUAGAUGUGAGUAGGCAAGUUCUGUUCUAUAGUAACAGGCACACAGGUGAUUGGUAGAGGUCCACUGAGAUGGGAACAGCCUUAGAAGAAAGUGAAUAUAACAGGCAAAAUGCAUUAGCCAAAAGAUUGGACAGUGAACACCACCAGGUCCAUGUAUGUAGAAGAGAGGCAUAAAACAGGAGAUUAAAGUGUUUCAUAAGGUAGACAAAGAAAGAAAAGUCUGGGGCAAGUGGUAGUUAGAGGAUAGGUGGACUAUACCAAUACCUAUACCUGUAAGUCACAAUAAGGCCAUAGACACCAAGGGUAGUUAAAGGACAGAUUGCCAUUUCUGAGUCAACUGCAAGUGAAAGGUUACCAUGAUCAUGUAAGGGUCAUGGUCUUAGAUGAAUUGGUAUAUUUAAAUGCAGGAAAACAAGGUAGAAUCCAAGUUAUUAGAGUCAAAACAAAAGAUCAAAGCAACUAGUAGCAGGAGUAACUGAUUUCAUUCUGAGUCCGAAAGGAUUGUGUUGGAGCCUCCUUUAGAGGAGGUCAGAAAUGGUCUUAGAGCAGUGGCUCUCAAACUUUUAGUUUACCUAAGAAUCACCUGGGGUGCUUCAGAUUUCUAAGGUGGGGCCCAGGUGUCUAUAUUGUUAACAAGUGCCCAGAUUAUUCUGAUGCAAGCAUUUAUAGAUCACAUUUUGAGGAAAUUUCCAUAAAGCCUGAGAUGGUACUUAUUGUAGGAUAAGGGAUCAAGCAUUAUAAUUGUUGAGAGAGGAAGCAGUUAGGACCUGAAAGUUAGACCUUUUUACUAACAUUUUUACUAAGAGAAAAAUAGAUCUCCUAGCCCAAAGCUGAUGUGUAUUUAUCUGCAUGUAAGUAAAGCAGAAAACAGAGGCUUAUAUGCACUGAACUGGUGUUGUUGUAAGUCUAUUAUAUUUCUCUCUUCAUGUAUCUUGUUCCUUGUCUUUAUGACCUGAGUGCUUUUGUAAUAUCUAACAUAAAGAUUUAUACCUUUUAGUGUAUGAAAGGAAGGCUCAUUGUUCUUUUGUGCCUAAUCUGAACUGUCCCUCAUUUUUAUUUUCCAUUUGUUAUCUGCACAAUUGAAUUUCACCCUUUUCUUCCUGCUUCAUAAAUUGAUUAGCUUGAGUUGGGCAGACUGCUGUAAUGCUAAGGGUUAACCAGAAGAGAAUUACAAAUGAACUAUCUAGAAAGUUGAUUAUUAAUCCAGCUAGAGAAGAAAUAUCCUUUUACUUAGCAAGAAUGAGUAUCCGAAGAGCUGAUAACAUUGCUCAGGCCGGGAGGUGGAAUAUGGCAGAGCUUGAAGAAUGUCUUCCAAGCAAGCCACCUCUCCAUUUGCCUGUGCAGCUGAUGGAGAGGAAGCCAUGACCCAAGAUUUGACCUCAAGGGAAAAGGAAGAGGGCGGUGAUCAACAUGUGGCCUCCCAUCUGCCUCUGCACCCCAUAAUGCACAACAAACCUCACUCUGAGGAGCUACCAACACUUGUCAAUACCAUUCAACAAGAUGCUGACUGGGACACUGUUCUGUCGUCUCAGCAAAGAAUGGAGUCAGAGAAUAAUAAGUUAUGUUCCCUAUAUUCCUUCCGAAAUACCUCUACCUCACCACAUAAGCCUGACGAAGGGAGUCGGGACCGCGAGAUAAUGACCAGUGUUACUUUUGGAACCCCAGAACGCCGCAAAGGAAGCCUUGCCGAUGUGGUGGACACACUGAAACAGAAGAAGCUUGAGGAAAUGACUCGGACUGAACAAGAGGAUUCCUCCUGCAUGGAAAAACUACUUUCAAAAGAUUGGAAGGAAAAAAUGGAAAGACUAAAUACCAGUGAACUUCUUGGAGAAAUUAAAGGUACACCUGAGAGCCUGGCAGAGAAAGAACGGCAACUCUCUACUAUGAUUACCCAGCUGAUCAGUUUACGGGAGCAGCUCUUGGCAGCGCAUGACGAACAGAAAAAACUGGCAGCCUCACAAAUUGAGAAACAACGGCAGCAAAUGGACCUUGCUCGCCAACAGCAAGAACAGAUUGCAAGACAACAGCAGCAACUUCUGCAGCAGCAGCACAAAAUUAAUCUCCUGCAGCAACAGAUCCAGCAGGUUCAGGGUCACAUGCCUCCGCUCAUGAUCCCAAUUUUUCCACAUGACCAGCGGACCCUGGCAGCAGCUGCUGCCGCCCAGCAGGGCUUCCUCUUCCCCCCUGGAAUAACAUACAAACCAGGUGAUAACUACCCUGUACAGUUCAUUUCAUCAACAAUGGCAGCUGCUGCUACUUCUGGACUCAGCCCUUUACAGCUCCAGAAGGGUCAUGUCUCCCACCCACAAAUUAACCCAAGGCUAAAGGGCCUAAGUGACCGUUUUGGCAGGAGUUUGGACACCUUUGAACAUGGUGGUGGCCACUCUUACAACCACAAACAGAUUGAGCAGCUCUAUGCCGCUCAGCUGGCCAGCAUGCAGGUGUCACCUGGAGCAAAGAUGCCAUCAGCUCCACAGCCACCAAACACAGCAGGGGCAGUCUCACCUACCGGGAUAAAAAAUGAAAAGAGAGGGACCAGCCCUGUAACUCAAGUUAAGGACGAAGCAGCAGCACAGCCGCUAAAUCUCUCUUCCCGACCCAAGACAGCCGAGCCUGUAAAGUCCCCAACAUCUCCCACCCAGAGUCUCUUCCCAGCCAGCAAAACCAGCCCCGUUAAUCUGCCUAACAAAAGCAGCAUCCCCAGCCCCAUUGGAGGAAGUUUGGGAAGAGGAUCCUCUUUAGAUAUCCUGUCCAGUCUCAACUCCCCUGCCCUGUUUGGAGAUCAGGACACAGUGAUGAAAGCCAUUCAGGAGGCUCGGAAGAUGCGAGAACAGAUCCAGCGGGAGCAACAACAGCAACAGCCACAUGGUGUUGAUGGGAAACUGUCUUCCAUGAACAAUAUGGGGCUGAACAACUGCAGGAAUGAAAAGAUUACUGGAGCAAAUCCCACUGAGAGAAGAUGCGCAGUGCCGCCCGGCAGGCUUCCCGGCACAGGUUUCCUUUCCUUACAGGAAAGAACACGCUUUGAGAAUUUGGGGCCCCAGUUAACAGGAAAGUCAAGUGAAGAUGGAAAGCUGGGCCCAGGUGUCAUCGAUCUUACUCGGCCAGAAGAUGCAGAGGGAAGUAAAGCAAUGAAUGGCUCUGCAGCUAAACUACAGCAGUAUUAUUGUUGGCCAACAGGAGGCGCCACUGUGGCUGAAGCACGAGUCUACAGGGAUGCCCGCAGCCGGGCCAGCAGCGAGCCACACAUCAAGCGACCAAUGAAUGCUUUCAUGGUUUGGGCGAAGGAUGAGAGGAGGAAAAUCCUUCAGGCCUUCCCCGACAUGCAUAACUCCAACAUUAGCAAAAUCUUAGGGUCUCGCUGGAAAUCCAUGUCCAACCAAGAGAAGCAACCUUACUAUGAAGAGCAGGCCCGGCUAAGCAAGAUCCACUUAGAGAAGUACCCGAACUAUAAAUACAAACCUCGACCGAAACGCACCUGCAUUGUUGAUGGCAAAAAGCUCCGGAUCGGGGAAUAUAAGCAACUGAUGAGGUCUCGGAGACAGGAGAUGAGGCAGUUCUUUACCGUGGGGCAACAGCCUCAGAUUCCAAUCACCACAGGAACAGGUGUUGUGUAUCCUGGUGCUAUUACUAUGGCAACUACCACACCGUCACCUCAGAUGACAUCUGACUGCUCUAGCACCUCGGCCAGCCCAGAGCCCAGCCUCCCAGUCAUCCAGAGCACUUAUGGUAUGAAGACAGACGGCGGAAGCCUAGCUGGAAACGAAAUGAUUAAUGGAGAGGAUGAAAUGGAAAUGUAUGACGACUAUGAAGAUGACCCCAAAUCAGACUAUAGCAGUGAAAAUGAAGCCCCGGAAGCUGUCAGUGCCAACUGAGGAGUGUUUGUUUGCUGAAUUAAAAUACUUUGACAUUUCACCUCCCCUCCCCCAACAAAAAGUUCUUAAAGAGCCCGCAUGCAUUUGUGGCUCCACAAUUACAUCAGCAGAAUGGUCUUAAUUGUUUCGUAAAGUGUGAGACAGAUUAAGUUUUUCCUGAUUUUUCAUGAACUUGAGUUUUUGUCGUUAUUGUUAUUGUUGUUGUUGUUGUUUUUUUAAUUUAGGUGAAGACAUAUUAAAUAUGAGACACCAGGACUUGAAAACUUAUCUCAACCCAUAGCUGUCUUACAAGUCUUAUAUUUUUGUCUUACUUUUUUUUUUUCUUUUGGAUGUUGAUAAAGGUUUAAGUUACUGUUUUAGAUGGGGUUAAACAUUCUCACUCAGGUAUGCUGUGCCGGCCUACAGGUUGUGAAUGUGUUUUUAUUCUGAAUUCUUUUAGAGAACAACUAAGGAUUUCCUAUCGUGAAACAGAACCAGUCCACAGCGUGCGCAGCUGCGUGCAGAGCAUAUUCAAAAGGCCUCAGAAUUCCAUUGUUUCCACGUGUAGAGUUCAACUCUGAAUGUGCCAAACUUUUUCAUAACUUUUGAAUCUUAAUAUUUUGAAAGUCUUAAAGGAGACACUGCAAAGUCUUAGACAAUCUUCGGCAUCUUAAGAUAACACAACAAACCACACAUUUUUCUUUUCCAGAAAAUGGUAAAGUACUCAGGAAUCUGGAGACAAGAUAGUGCAAGGAAUGAACAAGGUUGCCACAGUGCAGGUACCCAAUUGUGUUUGCCUCUUGACGUGCCAUCCACGUGUGACGCGUUAUACCGCGCGCGCACCAGAGCGAUCACCACACCAGAUACCAACCUGGUGGUCUUCUCUGCCUGAGACCACCUCUCACUACAUCCAUUAUCCCUUUGCCUUUUAACCCUGACAUUCAGUCUUAACACGUUUUCUCUUAAAUUAUUCAUUCCAGAAUGUCAAGGGUCCACUUACUAUUUAUUUGAAAAAAAAAAAAUGUUUGUGGCAUUAAUUUAAUAAUUCUUGUUUUUCACCCUCCUUUCCUGAAGACCUUUUCAGCCCCUUUCACCUCCUUCUCCUGCUAGACACAAAAGAUGCACACAGUGAUUUUAUGUCCCCAGCGCAUCUGGACGCAUUUCUGAAACAAGAUACUAUUCAAUACUUCUACUGGUUUUCAAUGUAAACGUGUAUCUGGCUGCAGGGCUGUGUGUUUGGAUACAGGUGUGAGGUCUUACACUUCAACAGAUAUGCCCCCGAGGUUCUCUGUGACCUCAGAAGCUUUGCCAGAAUCCCCUCUAAUUCAGUUGAGCAGCAGUGGUAGGAUCUGCGUCAGCGGUGUUUCCCCCAAAUGCCAUUCAGCAGCAAGGGUCAGCAGUGGUGACCGCCAGGCAGGAGAGUCCUGCAGCCAAACCCAAAACCCAAGGUUGUGGACCAUGGAGGAGGCUACAGUGAUGCUGUCAUGGGCUGGCAUCUUCGCACGGAGUUGCCUUGUCACAUCUGGUGCAUCUAGGGAGUUUUUGUUGUUGUUGUUGUUUUGUUUUUUGGGGUUUUUUUUUUUGCAAAAUCCCCAGGAUGCAAGAAGCCACAUGACAGCCUCCAGGCAAAGAUAGAGGCAAAUAGUCAUGAUACAUCCAGAGAAUGAAAGAAAACCAUAGGGAAGGAGAAGGAGGGGAAAUACAUUCCCUAUAUGGGAUGUUCCUACUGUUAACUCUGGGGAACGGACGACUUCUGGGGCAGCAGCUGAGCUCCUCUGGCUCACUCCCUCCCUCCCUCCAUGGCCACAUGGGGGGCAUGCCUCCCUGUGAACCAGAUUAACUGCACUGGUCACACAAGGAUUUCUCUGGAGAUGUGCUGAUGGGCUGGGAGGCAGUGAGGUUUCAUUCCCCAUCUCUUAACUCCAGGGAGCUCGGCCAUGCCAUUUUGACCUUCCUGAAACCAGGACUGACUGACUGUGGGGUGGGGGAGGGCCUCACCCGGAGUGGUUCAAUGGGAAAAUGUCAGUUAAUGGGACAGUUCACUUCAUGGGACAACCCAGAAUCUCACCACCAGGACAUAGGAACGGCCCCAUCAGAUUUCUUGAGCCAUUUUGUCACUUGGAAGAAAAUAGUGUACCUUCAUAUUUAUUUAAAGAGUGCUCAAGGCCAUACCUAAUAGCAAUAAAUAGGUCUAGCCAAGAUGUUACUGGCUAUGUCAUUAGCUGGGAGUGCUCUCCAUAAGCUGAUUAAGGUACUGAUAGGAAUGUUUUGUUCUUAGUAUUGGUUGGGGAUUGGAACUUUGUUUUUGUACAUUUAUUUCAAAUGAGGAGGAGGUCAUUUUUUUUCUCAAAAGAAAUGAAUAUUUAUUAUUGUUUUACUGAUUUCUGUUGAUUAUAUAUACCUCUCCUCCUCGCUUCAUUCUCACGUUUUUUCCUUUCUCUUGGACUCUUGCGUUUGCUGUCUCCUCCUCUCUCUUCCUUUUUUAUUUUGUCGCAUAGGUAGAGUGCUGUAUGGCUAGCAUUGUAUUGUAUGUAAUUAAUUUUGCACAAAGGCAAACAUUUAGAAUAGUAGGUUAAUUUUGUUUGUUUUUUAUGACCAUGCCAAAAUAAUAUUCUGGGCUGGUGGAGAACAAAGGACUGUUCUUUAGGACUGAAACUUGAUUUUGCUUGUAGUUAAAAAAAAAAAAAAAGAAAAAGAAAAAAAAACAACAAAAAACACACACACUCACAGAUGUUGUUUCGUAAGUGUUAUAAGCACUGGAUAUAAAUGGUAUUUUUUAUCACUUCUGACUAAUGUGAAACUUGUACGAAAACUACACGAACAAAAGUCAUCUGUUUCGACUCGUGUGGGCUUGCCUCACAGUUGCCGGAUUUGAGUCAUUUUUAUGUCUUGUUAUUUCAUUUAUUUAUGCAAAAUACAUGUGUGUAUGAACACUUUGUUUUAGCUCCAGCUCUGCCUCAGUACUGGGGUGCAGUCACUUCUGGCCAUGUUCUUAAAAGUGAAAGGCUAUUCAGGAAUGAUCUGAUUGCAAACGUCUCUUUCAUUGGGUCAAACGGCGAUGCUGUAUUUGAAUCUAAAUUCUGUGCAUAAGCAGUUUACUCUAUUUAUUAGCCAAGUUUGGCUCUAAAUAUCCAUGGAAAUUAAGAAUGACAAUCAUAGGGGAUCACUUCGUUUUAUUUUCAGUGGGGCUUAAACAAAGUUUUUAUGACUCUACCAUCUCAUUUUAGAUUUUUCUAAUUGUGUAAAUAUAACAUAGAAAUAGAAUUUAUUUUUGGUUCAUGAAUACGUAGUGAGAUAUAAGUUACGUAUUUCCUUUUUGUUCUCUCUCCGUAUACGUUGGUCCAGACUAGAAGUUGACGAGUCAGUGUACCUCAUGGGGAUAGUGAACUAGCAGCCGCAGUGAGAGAGCAGUGUUCCACCCGCAGCUGGGGAAGCAAAACCCUUCACUCGGGUUCCCAGGCAGUUUAGAACCCACUGUCCACAGGCUCAGACUUUUACUUAUUUUUUUCUCAUAGAAAGUCGAUGAAUUGAUUAUACUAAAUUUCCAGUACAGCUGGGGAAGAGUCAAUUUGCUUUUGUAAAUCCACAUAAAUCUUCUAAGGUAGUUCUGUGACCAUUUACUAGCAAGAAGCAUGAAUGCCUCCGAGACUGACCAUUAAUAAAAGUCCUACCAUGCCAAUUAGAUUAAAGAAUGCUAAUCAACUGUUUUCAGUGCUUCCUAUUUCACAGUAUCUUCAAAUCAAAGAGAAACCAUCUCCAUGUUGUUAAAGAACUUACAGGAUCAGGAUUUUCCUUGUCACUUAGGAUAGGGACACUGGCGCACAAUCCUCUCCUAAAAAAAAAAAAAAAUGGACCAUAUGGGACAGGAAGGAAGGAAGGGAAAGGAAGGAAUGAAGGAAGGAAGAAAAGAAGGAAGGAAGGCAGAGAAAGGAAGGGAGAGAGAAAGAAAAGGUCAAUCCAUGGACAGGAGCAGCCAGGCAGGCGGUUUCUCUAUUUCCUUGGCAGAGGCGAUGCAGUACCUUCUCCAGGAAGGUAAGAAAGUUAUGUCGUUUUCACGUGUAUUCAGCUCAGUCUUCCAGGAGCACAUCAGUUUGCUUCAUUUGGUGUUUGAGACUCGCCAGCCUUGUCCUCAGGCCCGAUUCAUGAUGCCAGGGUCCUGACACAGUCUCCCAGGCCAAGUUCUAAAUUGGGGUGUGGGCUCACAGUGCUGUUGAGCUUGUCAAAUUCUGGCCUCCCCUGCACAUUAGCCCCACUGGAGCCUGGGGUGUUUGAAAAGGGUGUGAUCACUCUAGGGCUGAAAUUAAAGGCUUCUUUCUUUUCCUUAUGAAGCCGGGCUGCUUCUUCGGAGCACACCCUCCCAAGCCAGGAGCACCAGGCACUAGCUGAAAGCAGGGAUUAUUCCGAGGAAGCCCAUCUACCCCCAGUAGGAAGGCAGCCUGGUCACUUGAACACCACAGGCAGAGGCUGCUUCUCCCAAUUUACUCAUUCUGCAAAGGGCUGACCUCGACCUACUCAUUAGGGAAAGGAGAAAGAAUCACUUAGUAGUUUUAAACCAUAUGAGAAGUCCUGUUCCAAGUGCCAACGACUACAACGAAUGCAGCUAGAGGAAUGUAUUGAAAUUAUUACUGGGUCUUCCUUUAUAAUGAGAAAAAUGACAAAAAUGGUUGCUGUAGCCUUGCCUGAUUUUGUACACGUUUGUCCAAGGACUGAGUUGGCACUGAAGCUCACUUCUCAAAGUAUAAUAAUAUUGUAUGACCUCAUCUGUCCCUUUACAGAAGCACCUGCAUCAUUUCCUUAAGCCAUCUGCCCCUUGACAUGUCUUCUUCCUUAAUAAACAACUUCUAUCUGUUACUCCUGCUGAUGACGUUCUGUUUCUGAUGCCAUAUACUGUUGAGCGUAACCCUCUGCUAAUAUCGUUGCAAAUAUCGAUACGCAAACACAUUUCCUUUUCAUCCCCAUCCCAUCUUUCCUUCUGGGGACAGAUUACUUUCCAAAAGCUCAUGAACAAGUAGUGGGAAUGCUGGUACCUUUGGGGCAGGGCUAGAGGAGGGGGUGGGGGUGGGGGACAGAAAGGUAAUGCUGAGUUCAGAUACUCUUCCUAUUGGAGUCCGUGGCUAUAUGAACGCUUGACGGUAACUCAGUGACAUAUCUUGCUCAGUAGUUUCUUAUUCCUGAAGAACCACAAGCAUAAGGUGAGGCUUCUCAGUGCUGGUGCUCUUGGAGUAUGGGGAAUGUGCAAAUAUUUAACUGUUUUGUAUGCUGCACAUUGCAGAUCUGCUCAUGUGCAUUCUCCGUUCGUCUUCCUUUGUCAUACGUGUUUUUGCCUUUUUUUUUUUUUUUUUGGAAAGUGCAGUCUUUAUUGUACCCUUCUUCAGCUUGUAGCAAAUUAGAAUGCUUAGCAUUUAUGUUCAUUCAUUAUUGUAUUUGCCAUGUAAAAUUUUUAUUACCUUAGACAAGCUUAUAAGCUGUUACUACAUAACUUAUCUUACUGUAACUCUUUUAUUUCCCGACCUUGUAAUUUGUUUGUGAUGUAUAUUGUGAGAUUGUAUUCUAUGUUAAUUUAAUCAGCACAAUUCACUGACAUGCUGGACUGACAUGCUGGCUGCUGUUUCAAAGUGUAAAGUUUGUGUAGGGCUGUUGGGACAACUGUGGCUUGUUGUUGAGGUACUGUGCAACACUGCGGGUGUGGCCCUUACGAUGCUAAGGGCAUUCACUACACCCUCGAGCAAAUUUAACUGCAGAUUUUCUUUGUAGAAAUUCUAUGUAUAACGCAGGUACCUACUUGGCCCAUGGCUGGUAACUAUUUGGGCGAUUAGAAAAACAAGAAAACAAAAACCAUAAAAACUAGUGUCUAUUGCUGCUUUGAAUAUGUUUGAAAGUCUGAAAAUGUAAAUAAUUUAUCAAAAAAAAAAUCUUGUACAGUCCAGUGUAAAGUUUUUAAAUGACCUUAAGGGUUACCAUCACAUCUCUCUCACACUCUCCUCUUAAUCAUGGAAAAAAAAGUUUGCUAAGGAUUAAAGAAAUGGGGGAAAAAAGAGUAUCUUCAAAUUUAAAGGAAUGAAUCAUUGUUCUUAGCUUUGUUGCAUACACACAUUUCUUGGAUUUCGUUGUGCAGUAUUGACGUGAGAUAAAACUCAACAUUGAAUAAUCUUUCAGUGGUACUUUUCAAAGUCUUCCCCUCCUCUGCCUCAUAAUUAAGGGAAAAGACAAAAUUGAAAGACGCACUGUCUUUAUCUAUCCUGGUGUAUGUUGGCACCUUAGCUACUUUUUUUUUUCUUUUUGCACAAGGUGCUUUCCUGAUAUGUUAAACAUGCCAUCUUUGGGUGAUAAUGUAUAUGCCAUGAAGGGGCCCCGGCCCCUCAGGGGAGUGUCUAUAAGAACCUGCCUAUUUAUGCUCAUUUACCUCAAGACUGUCCUCUCUACCCUUAAUCUAGUCGUCAUCACUCCAUCUUUUGUACUGCUGUUGACACUUACAAAUUAAAGAUAAAUUUUGUUUUAUGA